AUGAGGACCCCCUCCCAAACCAAGAGCCACCCACGGACCCCCUCCCAAACCAAGAGCCACCCACGGACCCCCUCCCAAACCAAGAGCCACCCACGGACACCCUCCCAAACCAAGAGCCACCCACGGACCCCCUCCCAAACCAAGAGCCACCCACGGACCCCCUCCCAAACCAAGAGCCACCCACGGACCCCCUCCCAAACCAAGAGCCACCCACGGACCCCCUCCCAAACCAAGAGCCACCCACGGACCCCCCCCCUCCCAAACCAAGAGCCACCCACGGACCCCCUCCCAAACCAAGAGCCACCCACGGACCCCCUCCCAAACCAAGAGCCACCCACGGACCCCCUCCCAAACCAAGAGCCACCCACGGACCCCCUCCCAAACCAAGAGCCACCCACGGACCCCCUCCCAAACCAAGAGCCACCCACGGACCCCCUCCCAAACCAAGAGCCACCCACGGACCCCCCUCCCAGACCAAGAGCCACCCACGGACCCCCUCCCAAACCAAGAGCCACCCACGGACCCCCUCCCAAACCAAGAGCCACCCACGGACCCCCUCCCAAACCAAGAGCCACCCACGGACCCCCUCCCAAACCAAGAGCCACCCACGGACCCCCUCACUCCCAAACCAAGAGCCACCCACGGACCCCCUCACUCCCAAACCAAGAGCCACCCACAGACCCCCCACUCCCAAACCAAGAGUAA